AUGGACAUUCGUAGGCUCGAUAGGGAUCUCAGUUAUGUCUGUCUUGCAGGAAAUACGCUUAGUUGUGAACAGCAAGUUGUUUUGUAUAACUCUCUUACAAAUUUGCAGAAUGAAAAUAAUUUCACGAAUGUUUAUUUUUGGGGAAAGAUACUUGGUACAGAAUCAGAUUAUUUUCUAGCGUAUGGUUUCCGAAAGGAUGUCAUUAAAGGAAAAGUUUUUUUCUACAGUACAAACUGCGUUGACUGGGGUGUUCUGCCACUCUCAUCUCCAGCUGUUGCAAACUUGGCACUUAUUUGUCAAGCACCUUUUCAAGGAGAUCCUUCACUAGUUCUCAACGUCAGCAAAGAAGGCUUCGAUGGCUUUGAUAUAGAUGAGUCACAUCAGGACAUGGUGGCAAGUGAUUCCACGUCAGGUGAGUGUCGAUCUCUGGGUAGGAUGAUCUCACCCCAGCUGUCAUCAACUCUUGUGAUGACGCGAGUGCCUGGACCCACAUGGCUGACAUUUCAUAGUAGUGUGGCCUUAUCAGCAAGUAUUAUGCUGACAGCCACUGCUCAUGACGUCACCCCCUCGGUAGCGUCAUUCCCUUUUCUUCCUAUUGCAGUCCCUCCGUGCUCGACUCGGGUGAAUGAAGGACUCGUGGCUCCACUGAAGGAAGAAGAUCGUCUGUCAGCAACGGUUUGGGCAGUAACAGAAGCUGCAGCAGUAGUGCCUAGAGGUGUAUUUGUAGUUACCUCUGAUGAUGGUUGUCUCUCAUGGAAUCCAUGUUUCGUUGGUCUGGGACACAGCAAGGCAGUCAGUCUGUCACAUUAUUUGCACCUGAGACCUCCGCGCAAACCCUGGAAUACGUGCCUACUUACUGCUGCGUCACCUAAUCCAGCCAUUGAUUGCCUUGAUUCAGUUGACACUGACUUUCCACCAGAUUUCAGGAAACAACACUUCAUAAACAGUGGAGAUCUCCUAAAUAGAGCAGGACAACUGUAUGUCUGUGCUCAGAUUAUGAAAACAAUAAAUAAUCUCAAUGAUCAACACAAACUGCCUGGUAUCCUCACUGUAGCAGUAACUGAGCAAAUGGAAAUUUACAAGGAAACGUCUAAGAUGAGAGAGAUACCUAACAUACCGGUACCAGUAUCUGAAGGAGUCAUAGAAUAUGGGGUACCAGCAGAAAUGUCAGAAACAUCCAGCAGAGUUGAAGAGGAAACAAUUUCUUCAGAUGAGAAAGCCUACAAACCUAAUGUAAACUCAUGUGCACCUGAAACCUUCAAGGAUGAAGCUGUCAGCACAUUCCACACACUUAAUGCCUCAUGCUCACUUGUAACUAGGACUGCAACCACACCAACAGCCAAGAACCAUUCUACUAGAUCCAGAAACUCAUCAGCUGCUCUGCGGAUAUCUCAAAGGAAGAGCCUCAGGAUAAGAAGAGCUGCUGUGCAUAGUGACUAUUUUUUAUGGGAUCUUCGCAAUUCAAAGAAGAAGGAAAAGGCAGAAUAUUUACAGUGUCAGCAACAAGAAAGUCAUAUCUCUUUUGUGUCACUCUUUAGAAACUCAUCAAGUUGCUGGAGUCUUCAGCUGGAGUGUGGAAGUCAUGUAGUUGUGCUCAGGAAUCUGUUGUGGCCAGGUGCAGUGGGAUACCAUGCUGUUGGUACACCUGACCAUGGAUAUGUCUAUAUUGGCUCAGGAAAGCGAAAUCUUGAUCUGCCCUUUAUGGUCUGAUAAUGAAAUCUGAAACUGAAAAAUGUUGAUUGUAGAAUGUUACUGUUAUAUUGACAAGAGAGAAUAAAUUUUUGUUUGUGUUUAGGCAGAACCAUCCUUGUAAGAAUGCUUAAAUUUUUAAUUAAAGGUUGAAGAUGCUAGCUCUUGGUGGACAGCUGUUGGCAUGCUAAGUGACACAGAUUCCUCUUACAAUGCAAGCAAAUUAGAAGCAGUUGUUGCAGUGAAUAGUCAUUGUA